AUGGGGCAAGAAUUAUCUCAUCAAUUUGAAUCUGAGAGUGCGGAAGCUACUUAUCAAAGGUAUCGUAAACUUGCCGGAGAUGAAGCAAAACUUCGUAACGAUUGUUUCUCUCAAUCUCAGUCAGCUUUUACAUCUCGUCAAGGCUUAAAAGCUAAAGAGUUAUCACAAAAAGGAAAAGAACAUGGUAAAAAAAUGGAGCAAUAUAAUUCGAAAGCUGCUGAAGUAAUUUUUAACGAGAAUAAUAAGAAUAGACCUCCUAAUGAACUUGACCUUCAUGGACUAUAUGUUAAAGAAGCUCUAUUAAAAACUGAAUUAAAAAUCCAGUAUUGCAAAGCAAAAAAUAUUGACAAUUUGACUAUUAUUGUUGGUCGUGGCAAACAUUCUUCAAAUGGUGUUGCAAAAUUAAAACCUGCGAUUGCUGAGCUUAUGGAAAAAUAUCAAUUUCAUUGCAUUUUAGAUAAACCAACUGUUGGUUGUUUAUAUGUAGAAUUUGGUCAUAAACCCACCAAAGAAUAUUUAUCAUCUUUCUUGGAAACAUUAUUCGGAGAAAGAUGCGUUAUUUGUUAA